ACGUCCACGGCAGCUGGCGCUGGCAGCCAUGUCCCUGAUGGCCAAUGGCAGCGAACCUGGCGAGUCCAGCGACACGGACUCGAGCCCAGCCGAGGCGGAGGCGGAGCCAGAGGCCGAGGCGGAUGACCCCGUCGAGUUCAGGAUCAAGUCCAAGGAGCCGGCGCAGUCCGACCCGUCCGAGCAGGGCUACUAUGUGGAGCAGUAUGUCCUCGGCGUGCUCGAUUACAGCUCGCAGUAUGGCAUCGACUAUAGCAUCUCGUAUACGGCGGCCAAUCUGAUUGGCAGGCCAGCCAAGUAUCCCGAGUACGGCGACUAUCCGGAGACCUUUCCCAUGCGCACCUACGGCGACUGGUGGCAGCGCGCUCCGUCGGCCACGCGGGAGAUUCAGCCCCAGAAUCUGUCCAAGCUGCCGACGCAGGACUAUGUUGUUGUGUACUUCGAGGAGUUUGUGGUGCCGACGGGCGUGGCCAUCUUUGAGACCUUUAAUCCUGGUGCCGUCGUUCGUAUCUGGUCCUAUGGCCUGACCAAGAAAUGGACCUGUUUGUGGGAUGCCGCGGAUGGCGAUCUGGAACGGCCAGUUUUUAACUCGCGUUGCUUUCGUCCGCCGCUGAAAAAGACCACGAUGGUGACGAAGACACUGCGCGUCGACUUCAAUCACAGCCAACUCAACUACUACACGGCCAUUGAUGCCAUCAUGCUGUGCGGUCGCACCGUAGACCAACCGCGCACCCUUCUGGCCAAGCGGCGUUCGGAGCAUCUGCACAGGCAGCUGCUCGUCCACUUGUCCCCGCCACCGGAGGCUGCCAAUCCCCCCGUCGAUCAUCCAAACCCCGAUGGCAGUGGCGGACCCAUUAGUUGCAAGCUGCGCACACUGAAGUUCCAGCCCAAGUGUGAUCAAGAUGGGGCCACCAAGCUGCAGGAGUUUAUCACCAACGAUCUGAGCCAGUUUCUCAAGGAGAAUAGCCUGGAGGAUGGCGGCGUUGGCGGAGAGGCGCCUUCAUCAGUCUCCCUCACGGAUUUGCCCUUCGAAAUCCUUCUGCGCAUACUCAGCUACCUGGACCUCAAGUCCCUGUUCCGCGUGGGUCAGGUGUCGCGCACCUUCUACGACAUCUCCACGCAUCCGCUGCUCUACGCCGAGAUCAGCCUGAAGCCCUACUGGCACCUGGCCAACUCCGAGCUGCUCUGCACGCUGGCCCGUCGUGCCACCAUGCUGCGCAAGCUGGAUCUGUCCUGGUGCGGCGUAUUCAACACGGUCUCGCCCACCGAGUUCAAAAAAUUCCUGACCCAACGCGGCGAUAAUCUUACCCACCUGCGGCUGCACUCCUGUAGAUUUCUCAAUGGCAGCUGCAUUGAGAACGUGGGCAUAGUCUGUGAUAACCUAAUAGAGUUGAGCCUGCGCAACUGCCCCACUGAUCCGCCGCUGCUAAACUUCUCCUGUCUGGCCAACCUCAAGAAUCUGGAGCGACUCGAUCUCUGCCAAACGGCCUUUGAAACGGAACUGCUGCUCAGCAUGCUCGAGGGCAAUCGCAAAUUGAAGCACCUGAAUCUUGCAUUCUGUGGUGUCUCGGUGAGCAUGGACAAUGUGGCCGACCAUCUGGCCACCUACAACACUCAGCUCAUCACUCUGGAUCUGUGGAAGGCUCAUUUUCUGUCAGCCAGGGGACUGCAGUCGCUGGCGAGCCUGCAUCAGUUGGAGGAGGUCGACUUGGGCUGGUGCCUAAGGGAGGCAUCGCUGGGGGAUGGCCUGCUCCAGCUGCUGUCCAACUGCCCCAAGCUGAAGAAGCUCUUUCUGUCGGCUGUGCGGGGAAUCACCGAGCGCGAUCUCAUUCAUAUUUCCCAGCUGGGCGCAAAUCUGGAGCAACUGGACCUCAUGGGCAUUCCAAACAUCACGCAUGAACGUAUUUAUGACAUUCUGGUUCGCUGUCCCAAGCUUGAAUUGCUCGACGUGAAUUUCUGCGAUAAUUUGAUGGAUUACGCAUUGCUGGCGAAAUGGUCGCGUCGUUUUAACGUGGACAUCAAGAUGAGUCAUCGUCGUGAAUUGAUUGAAUAGAAGAAUAAGGACCUUGUGGGAAUACUGUGGUACCAUGAUGAGAGUACCUUUUGAUCCUAUGUGUGGCACUCUCUCUCCGUUUGUAGUAAAAUGUUAUCUAUAUGCUGUUAUAAAUAUGAAACAUUUUAUAUUAAACUUGGCGAUUUUUUCAUCACAUAAUUAAAUGCUGAA